ACAAACAAACAAACAAUGGUGAGUGAGAAAAGUAGAUUGAAGUAGAGGGAUUGAGCGGUUAAGAUGUUAGAGUAGUCGUUACUCCUGAGCUUCUCCAAAUAUUCAUUCAACACACCAGGAUAUAUAUUCCUCCUCAACACGACAACCAAAUGAAUAGAGACAAACAAAUUGGCCCUCUCUGCAUUGUCGACAACGCAGCUAAUGAAAAAGAAAAAUGAGUUUGUUCAAAAUAGUCUUAAUUCAAUCAACAUUUCUUCUGCAACAAACAGCUAGCUAGCUAGCUUUGGAAGAUCAGAAACACAACCCUAAUUCUCUUUCUUUCAUAUUUAGAAAAACGUCAGGAAACAACACAAACUUUUACUCUUCAGAAAAAAAGUUCAUAAAAACGAAAAUUCCCAGAGGGGUUUAUCUGGGUUUUUCAUGAAUUUGAAAACCCACAAAGGGAUUUGGUUCAGUUAUUACAGCAACUGAGGAUUAGUUUACUGCUUUCUGGUAGGUUCGUUUUUGUCAAAUUUUGGUCUGGGUCAUAGCUGUUCUUCUUCAGAAACUGUUAUCUUCAUUUCUCUUCGAAAAACGGAGAGAUAAAAUCUUGUUUGUUGAUGGCAAGAAUGGUUCAAGACGAAGGAUCAUCUUCAGUAACUUCAUCACCUCUUCAGUUUUUCUCUUUAAUGUCACUUUCCCCUAGUUUAGGAUCACCAUAUCCAUGGCUUCGAGAAUUAAAAUCGGAAGAACGUGGAUUGUAUCUCAUCCAUCUCAUACUCUCUUGUGCAAAUCAUGUUGCUGCUGGUAGUCUAGAAAAUGCCAAUAUUGGUCUCGAGCAAAUAUCACACCUUGCUUCUCCCGAUGGAGAUACAAUGCAAAGGAUUGCUGCUUACUUCACUGAAGCACUUGCUGAUAGGAUUCUUAAAGCUUGGCCUGGUUUACAUAAAGCCCUCAACUCCACCAGGCUAUGUUCAAUCUCGGAAGGAAUUCUUGCUCGUAAGCUUUUUUUCGAGCUUUGCCCCUUUGUAAAGCUUUCAUUUGUGAUCACAAACCAGGCAAUUUUAGAAGCCAUGGAAGGUGAAAAGAUGGUUCAUAUUAUUGAUCUGAAUGCGGCUGAGCCCGCACAAUGGAUUGCUCUCCUUCAAGCCUUGAGUGCACGACCAGAUGGUCCCCCUCACUUGAGGAUCACAGGCAUUCAUGAACAGAAGGAGGUUCUAGACCAAACCGCUCUUCGAUUAACUGAAGAAGCUGAGAAAUUGGAUAUUCCAUUUCAGUUUAAUCCCAUCAUUUGCAAAUUAGAAAAUCUUGACGUUGAAAGGUUACGUGUUAAAACCGGAGAAGCUCUAGCUAUCAGCUCCGUUCUUCAACUGCAUUCUCUUUUGGCUUCCGAUGAUGAGAAUGCUAGAAAAAAAUCCCCACCUGUAUCUAGAAGUUCGAAUUCAGUUAACUUGCAAAGAGCUCUCCAGAUGAACCAGGGCACACUGGGUGAAUUACUCGAGAAAGAUAUGGUUAAUGGGUACAGCCCAAGUCCUGAUUCUGCCUCAUCAUCUCCAGCGUCUUUAUCCACAUCACCGAAAAUGGAGAGCUUACUUGCAGCUCUAUGGGGAUUGUCUCCAAAGAUUAUGGUGGUUACUGAACAGGAGUCGAACCAUAAUGGAUCAACAUUCAUGGAGAGACUCUUAGAAGCACUUUACUUUUAUGCAUCUUUAUUCGACUGCUUAGAGUCCACCAUAUCUAGGAAUUCAAUGGAGAGAAUUAAGGUUGAAAAGAUGUUGUUUGGAGAGGAAAUUAAGAACAUUAUAGCUUGCGAAGGAAUUGAAAGGAAAGAGAGGCACGAGAAGCUUGACAAGUGGAUGCAGAGAUUUGAUUUUGCAGGGUUUGGCAGAGUCCCGAUGAGCUACUAUGGACAUUUACAGGCCAAGAGAUUGUUGCAGAAUUAUGGUUGUGAUGGGUACAACAUUAAGGAAGAAAAUGGUUGUUUGGUGUUAUGUUGGCAAGAUCGGUCACUUUUUUCCGUUUCAGCUUGGAGGUGUAGGAGGUAUGAUUGAUUAGUUUAGUUUAGUUUUUUUUAUCAGGUUUGGAUGAUAAACGAGAGUGAUAUUGGUGUUUUCUGUUUUUCUCUUCUUUUUUCACUUUGUACAAAGGAUUCCAAGUUUUGUUUAUUUGAAAUGCAUAGUGUUUACGCAAAAGUUUUGAUCA